AUGGCAUUUGUCUUUGCCGCAAGUGCGGCAGCAGCAUCUAUGGAUAAAUUGUCUAGCAAGAAAUUAGCUGGAAGACAGAAGGAUUGCACUAAUCGUGAUGACGCACGCAAAGCGGCACACGACGCGGGGUGCCAGAAUGUUCGUAAUGAUAAUCAUCAAGGCACUUUGUGCAAUGCGUUUGGAUGCAAUUGUGAUUGGGGAUGUUCCAUCGAAACCGGAUACGACGACGGAAACGACCCAAACGGUAGAGUGUUUGUUAAAGAAAAGUGUCCAGCAUCGUACAACAGUGAGGAUCACGACUUGGGACAGAAAGUUGACAAAUGGCAAUAUAGUGCUGUUAGUGCACUUGACUCGAGCGACAGUGCUUCAGUACCGUCUGUGAUGGGCAAACAGUAG